AAUUAUGCAAGCAAGAUAUUUAAAGUACGGUGUGGUUUAUUAGAUUUUUUUGGUCGGUAUUAGUGUGUGCAGCGGGGGACACUUGAAAAAUAAAGUGCGGGAUAUCUGCAUGCCGUAUUGCGUUUUAAUGACAUCGUUUGCCAAUUGAACUGUUUAAUACAUUUCGUAAUCACACUUUGUACUGCUUCAAUUUAAUUAUAACAUCACUGAAGUUUUAAGACGAACCAAGUUUAUCACAAACGCUUUCUGAAUGGCCACGGAUACGGGAUUUACUAUCAGUCCAACAUUUUCUGACCUUUCUUCCACUGCGGGAUUUACUAAUAUUUUUUCACCACAACGAAAUGUUGUCCCUUCCACAAGUACGGACGUCGAUGCCAAUAUCUACGACGUCGUAUUUCAUACAAACCAGGAGCCGCAUUGGCUUCCAGCGGCAAUCAUAUUACCGAUCGCCGGCGCCGUCAUCCUUCUGGUUUUGGUGAUUUUGUCCAUAACACGGGCCACACGAUUAUUUCGAAGCGGAAGAACCAUUAUAAUAGCCAAUCCCAGCAGUGCACCGACCGCCACACCGCCGAAAUCCCCGUCUAAUCCGCCGCUUACCGUCGUGGUUAAUCCAGAUGCCAAGAACGGCCAUGCUAAUCCGGCAUUCUCCCCGGCAAACGACCAAUUCCAAGACGUAUCUCUGAGUAAAUUGUGAUGAACGCAAUCGGCUGGACUAUCAAAUGUCGCAAAGCCGAAUUUGUGGGAACUUUGCAAGAUUAAUAAUUUAGUGCCAAGUGCAGAUUACGGACAGUACUAUUCUGCCAUUUUCUGGGGGAAAUUGUGUGACAUAUUAGGUUUAUCGAAAUUGUAGUAAAACUGCAUUCGUCUUA